CUAGUUUCAAAACGUUACUCCACCAACUCUUAGUUUUGACUGUUGGGUUGUUUCUACGUCACGGUUGUGUAAGUGCUGAUUGUUGCCGGUCGGUCAUCUUCAAAUGGUGAGUUUGGCACCGGGAGUAAAACAUCUCCAAAGAUUUAUGCCACCGCUUAACUCGAAAACUGGUCGCGUGCAUAUAUUUUUCUUCACUUUGGUGAUAUACUCGUGCUAUCACUUAUCCCGAAAACCGAUUAGUAUUGUAAAGUCAGUACUUCAUCAGAAUUGUUCUGAAGAAGCCCACAAAGAGGGGAAAAUCAUAGUUCCUGGAAACGAAACAUUCUGUGACUGGGCCCCUUUUGAUGGUCAAAAUUAUGAUUCCCUUUUUGGGACACUUGAUCUUAUUUUCCUCUCCUUUUACGCCGUUAGUAUGUUCUUAAGUGGACAUGUUGCCGAUAAAAUUGACCUUAGAAUUUACCUAUGCAUUGGUACUCUUCUUUCUGGUGUCACGACAAUAGCCUUUGGUCUUGGAUACUUUUUCAAUGUUCACUCGUUUGCUUACUAUGCAGUUACUCAGGGUGUUGCUGGAAUAGUUCAAGCAUCCGGUUGGCCGGCAGUUGUAGCUUGUAUGGGGAAUUGGUUUGGUAAAAAUAAGAGAGGAUUUUUUAUGGGAGUUUGGACAGCGCAUUCUAGCAUUGGAAACAUUUUGGGCUCCUUAGUUGCUGGUGCCUUUGUAGAAAUAGCUUGGGGAUGGUCAUUUGUUAUUCCAGGAUUAAUAAUUGGACUUCUCAGCUUACCAAUUUAUCUGUUUCUUGUACCGUAUCCUGAAUGUGUUGAAGUUCAACUUCCUGUCCAGCAUAACGCAAGUGAUUAUGGUUCCAUUAACCAACAAAUCAUAGAUGGAAACUCGUUUGAAGAAUCGCUUGGAACAACUAGUUCACAAUGUAAUCUUUUAAUACCAACAAAAAAGAACUCUUCAUCAUUUCUGUCUGCACUAAAAGUACCUGGUGUUAUUGAAUAUUCAUUGACUUUAUUCUUCUCUAAGCUAGUUUCUUAUACUUUCCUAUUUUGGUUACCUAUGUAUAUACGUGAAGCAGGCGGUUUCGACCCAUCAUCAUCAGCUGAUUUAUCAGCUGUUUUUGAUUUAGGUGGAAUACUCGGUGGGAUUAUCGCUGGUUAUGUAUCCGAUUGUACUGGAUCAAGUGCUAUUACAUGUGUUGUAAUGAUUGCUUUGUCGAUACCUACGUUGUAUCUAUACUCAGUCGUUGGAUUUCGUUCUUUAGCUCAUUGUAUCGGUUUAUUAAUCCCAUUGGGAUUGUUUGUUAAUGGUCCUUACGCUUUGAUUACAACAGCAGUUUCAGCUGAUCUAGGUACUCAUCCUUCAUUGUCUAAAAAUUCUCGUGCAUUGGCUACAGUAACAGGUAUUAUUGAUGGAACAGGUUCAGUUGGUACGUUGUGCUAACAAUACUCACUUCAUGUUGCACUUAGUUUUACUCAUAGUUGCGGCUAUUUAUCCUUGAUACUUUGAUGAGGAAAAUCUUAUUAGUAUAUAUCUAAAGCUAACAAAUCCGUAAAAAUGUAAUUCAAAUGAUCUAACCUAUCGACAGUGGAGAUUUGUAUACCAUGUGUUGAAUGGAGUCACAAUAUCUAACAGUUUCUACACUUUGUUGAUAACUUUAAGUGCAGCACUCGGACCUUUACUGUGUGGUCUCAUGAAACCAUAUGGUUGGUCUGUCAUUAUUAUUAUGCUUAUUGUCGCGUUAGCUCUGGCUGCAGUCUUGCUUUUCCGUAUGGUAGCCAAUGAAAGUCGUCAAUGUUGUUUCAGUGUUCAACAAUCAUUAUUACCAUCAUCUUCAUCACUGUCGAAUGCGGCUGAUGCUUAAAAUCAGAAAUGGUUAUUCAGUAUUUUCCAAACCUAAGCAAGAUUUCAGAGAUUAAGUCGAAAUGCUUCAAUAGAUUUAUAAAACUUGAAUUUUGAUACUGUAUGUUCGUGUUUUCUGCAAAAAAAAGGAGAGAAAACAAUGUAAUAUCAUCAUUGCUUAUUUGUCAAAGUUGAUUUUCCCAUUCUGUUGGUUUGUCGAUUUAUUUUCUCUUUUUUUUGAACUGACAAUGUUCUUAUCCAUUUUGACAUUGAUAAAAAAUAUUUAAGUUUUCUGUAUCCAAGAGGUGACAAUUAUGAUUAAGAUAGGGGGUAAUUUUUAAUCCAAAACUACUUAUCAACGUAAAAACUUUUUAAAAAAAUGAAAGUAUAAAUGAUUUAAUAAUUAAUUUUAAUAAUAGUUUUCGAUACAUAUUUAGCUGAAAUUAUUGAUUUUUCUAUUUACAAUAUAAUAUACAUAGAAAUAUAUAUAUAUAUAUAUAUAUUUUUUUUUCCGUAUUAUGUGUCAUUUUAUGAGUUCUAUUGUUUUAUCCGUUUACACGACUUGGCUAUCCUUUUCAUUUUGCUUAAUGUAAAAUUAUAACAAUUUUAAUUUGUAUUAUUCUUGUCUUUCGUUCUAUUUUAUAUUCAAAAACUUUUCAAUUAUUACAAAUUAAUUAUAAUAAUAAUAAUAAUCUCU